AUUAAACGGGGAAAGUCCGUCGAUGCGGUGAGCAGGCGAAGGAGAGAAACUGAGUCUGCGGACGGAGAGCCAACGGAGGCAGCGAGACGGGCACUACAGCCGCAAGGAUCGGAACAUCCUGGUCCAAAAGGCUGAAGGUGCUCAGCGAGAUACAGCUGUGGGACUUUACGUAUCCCAUGGCUGAAUAUUUAAAAAAGACCUUCACGGCUCAGAAAGGAAGACACCAGAUUGACAAACCAAGUGCGCAGGUUUUCCUUUGUGAUCCCUGAUAGAGAGGACACUGACACUGACUCGGCCAUUGUCUCUGCACCGUUUCCGGAUAGAGUGAGGCUCCCCAAGGUCCUUGCCUGUCCAUUGUAUCAGGAGAGAGAGAGAGAGAAAAAAAAAGAAAAAUCCAGCUUGUCUACAUAAAGACCUAUUCAGCAUCAUUCCUCUUGGCCGACAACAACAGAAUCCACCAAGAAAAGCAGUGUCCUUAGCCCCGAGCAAUUCCCUUCAUCCUUAGCCCCGUCUUCUCAAACCGCUUUACACCUAUUCCUCCCCCUCAGCCUCAAUCCACUUCCCAGCCUUAUCCCCUAUUUGAAAUCCCACAUGACAGCUCAAAAACAUCCGUUACCCUACCACUCCACACGAGCCUGCUCUCCUCUCCCUCCAGCCCCUGUGGCGCUUGGCACCAGUGCCCAUCACAUAGACAGAUGGAGCCAACCCUGACCCCUCUCUUCGCCCAUGGGGACGCCAAGAGAUUCAAUGCCUGAGUAAAGGAGAGGGGCGGGGGUUGGAGUGAGAGUGAGCGUGAAGAAAAGGAACAGGAAGAGCAGAAGGAGAGCAUCACUCUGUCACCACGGCAACACAUCACACAAACUCCUGUGGACUCCCCAUCAGCUGUAGUCGAUGCUCUCGGAUAAAAUCACGCGCAGUGGGAAGUUCAGCACGUUUUCCCCUUGGCAUGUUUUUACUUUGGGGGUUUGAUAGAAAAAUCUUGCUCUAGUUUUUUUUUUUUUUUUUGUCUGGGCAAGGUGUCAUUAAAAUACUUGAUGAGGAAACCAAAGAUAUAGGAGGAAAACCAUUUUUCUAUGACAUACAGACUCUUAACACUAAUUUUAGAUAGAAGCCAGCACCAAUAGAAACAGACUGAGAGUCAAUAAUUUGUUCCACCUGAGGAAACCAGAAGAAACAAAUCUUGUGGGACAUCACACACUGUGGGUGUGCUUUUCCUUCCUGUUACCUGUGACAUUCAUGUAUGUGAUUCAUUGCAUGGGUAUUAACUUUGCACAGGAGCAUUAUCAGAUUCAUUUUCCUGGUGCCAAACUUUGCCUGUUUGGAUCUUGUUUUUUACAUUUCUCUGCAGAUGAUCAGGACUCAGAUGAGCAUACAAUGCCAGGCAACCAAUUUUAAGAGAGCCACGUUCCACAAUAAAUGAAGUACUAAUAGCCAGUGAAAUGAAUCCAGCUGGCCAACAUAACAGAGAGGGGAAUACCGGCAUCCCAAAGCUUCCCAGGUGACUGCUGCCGCCGUGGAGGGACAAACUAAAAAUUCUGCUGCUGCCCGGAUUCUUUGCUUUGAAUAUUGAUGCAGUAAAGGACAAUUUGUAUCCACUGGCUGUGGGCUAUAAAGAUUUUCAUUCACACAGAGGCAACCGACCUAAGAUGACUUUCUGGGACCUUUUUGUACACACCGGUGCUGAUAAGAUACAAAUUUACUGGGCAUAGAAGAGACUUACAAAUCCUGUAAAGUUUUAGAUUUCCUUCAGUUAGAAUUAGGAAAUAUUUUAUUUAAAUCAUCUGGAAUCUUCUUUUGUUUUUGUCACCGAGAAAUCUGAUAAAAAAAACCAAGGUCAUUGGUGGAUUCUGCUGUGGUCCAUAUUCAGCAGGUUGGGAGUGGCAGCAGGAUGCCAGAGUUGGACAACUUCCCCCCUCUGAAUGAAGACAGAAGCCCAGAUCUGGGCCUUAACGGUCCGGCGGACCCGGCCCAAAUUCAGCACAGCAUCCUUGAGGAGCAGGUGGAGCUGUGGUGGUUCAGAGACCCCGGGCGGUCUUUACUUUGCUACUGUGUCUCGGUGCUCCUAAUCCUGGGCUGCGGACUCGGAGGUGUCGGCCUUCUCUCCACCACCACCAGCGUAUCGAGCGAAUGGAGGCUCGGCGUAGGCACGGCCCUGUGCCUGUUGGCCCUGGGGGUCCUGCUCAAGCAGCUGCUCAGCUCGGCCGUGCAGGACAUGAACUGCGUCCGGAGUCGACACCAGAUAGACAUGCUGAAGAGCGGCGGCUUGUCUGACAUCUUGGUGGUUCUGAUCACAGGAAUGUCGCUGUUGAUUUGUGGAGGGGUUCUCCUGCAUUUGGCGCUGGUUCACCAUAUGCCGAAGCCGGGCCAAGCCCUCAAUGACAUGUACAUCUCCGGAGUGGUUUUGCUGGUAGGUGGAGGAGUCGCCGUCGUGGGUGUUGGGAUAUACACAGUGGUGGCUGUCCUACUGGAGAGGACGAGGCACGGACGGAGACUUGUAGACCGAGUUCUGAAUGUGUUUACCGUGUCAGGACACAUGGACCGCCACGCUCGCAGAGAGACCGCCUCCAGCUUGGCCAACCUCAUAUGAGAUCCGACAACAAUGAAGCCGUGUUGGAUGGUUCCUGUUUCAAGUUUAUUGGAGAAAAAUUUAACUCAAAUUAUCAAAAGAUUUGAAAAGAAAACAAGAUCCAUUCUUUUCUUCAUUCAAAUGUGCAUGAAAGAAAAAUGAAACAAUUUUGGAAGAUUUAUAUGAAGCUGAUCAAAUACAGAGCAAAGAUAUUUUAUAACGGUGAAGCACAAUGAUGACAAUAAUACAAAUAAUACAGUUGAAAUUAGUUAUUUACAUACACUGUAUAAAAAGACAUAACUAUUUUGUGCCAUCAUAAGUCAGCGUAGAUAACAUUAUUCAUGUUUUGCUUGUUGCUUUAAUCAAAGUCAGAAGUUCACAUAGAAUAAUGUGCCUUUAAACAAUUUAAGAACUCACAUCAUGGCUUUGGAAGCAUCACAAGAUUGAAUAAAAAUGAGACACAUAUUUUAUGACAACAGCUAAAACCUGGUGUGACAUUGUGGACAAGUGAAAGGAAAUUUGUCAAAAUACCAGGAAGAGAAUGGCCUGUCCUGUCUAGUUUACACAUUUGGUAUCAUUUACAAGACUAGUUAUAAAGUGACCAUGUCAAUAUUCUGGAGCGGCCAUCUUACACCCUGAUUUUAAUCCUCUUAUUAGUCACCCAAAAUGUUAGAGACAGCCUGUUUGUGGUAAAAAAAAAAAUAAAAAAUUAUCAAAUACCAGGGAAAUCUACAAAAACUUCUGAUUUGAACAAAGUAAAAACAACAGAAAAAACACUGUCUCAAUAAUCUGGAAAUUAGUAAAACAAAAUUAUUUCAGUUAUUCUAAUUUGUAAAAUAUUGAUUUGCUUUAAUGUCAGUGAGGAAAAAAUGGUUAUGUAUCUUUUUUAUACAGAGUAGCUACAUAUCUGGUUGUGACUGUAUAUACUUGUAUAUUAAUAUUGUUUAAAAACAUUUAAAGUGUAUACAAUCUGGCCUAUAAUUACGUUUAUUUAUGUCUAGAAUCUCUGGUAACAUUGGUACAACUGAUGAGAAGUUAGUGUUAUGAAGAGCAUCAAUUUAAAGUAUAAAGAGGAAAUUUUUUAACAAGAGGAUGAAUGUUAUUUUAAGUGAUUUUGAAUAUUCAGAGACAAUACGAACAUUUUACAGUUUAGCACGUUGCAAAUGUGGCAGCAGCUGUUGCUAUGAGCAGCGGCUAAAUGCAUUGUAAUAAAUGUCUUAAAAGUAACAUCUGCUUGUUUAAAGGGUCUGCUUUAUUUUGCAGGUAUUGCAUUCAAAAUUAUGCUAAUUCACAACGACAACUAUUCAUCUGGCCCCUGGACAAAACCUUUGACUAAUAUCAGUACAAUAAUAGAUAAUUGUUCAGAAUAAAAGCACAAUCUGGAAUACAAAUGGGAGAAUAAAGUAUGGAAAGAUUUCCAAUGAAAAGUGGUGUUUACGAACUGUUUUUCAAGCUCUUGUUUAUUCUGAACAACACUCAGUGACCUGAAUGUGAAAGAAUUUAGUUCUUUUUAUAUUAGUGUGGUUGCGUAGUUCUUCUUCCAGGGUGAAAUGUUGACACAGCAUGCAAGUUUAUCUUUCAAGAUGCAUUUGUAAUUAUUGUAAAUUUUCUCUGCUUCAAAAAAACAAAAAGUGGAUCAUGUCAGAAAGUGAUCUAUCUAGAGAAAUUCCUCGAAACUUUGUUUUAGGCCCUAGUUUUUUGUUGUUGUUUUCUUUAUGUUUUUCCCAGUAGGAAUGAUUGCAAGCCAUAGGAAUAUCUGUCAUCAUCUCCGUAUUGAUGACAUCUACAUUAGAUGGGAUAUUCUUUUAACAUGUUUGGAUUUCACCUUUAUUUAUUUUUUUAUUAGCUGAGAGAAAAUAAGUAAUGGUUAUAUGGUUAUUCUUCCCAGCUGACAGAUGAAACUGAAAUUAUCUCUCCCACUGCCACAACAUCCCUGGUUCAUCUCAGAAAUCUGUGGUUUUUGGCGGCGUAAUGUCACAUCAUUCAACACCUUAUUUAAGGCAUCAUUGGAAAAUCUUCCUAACAUUGGUAACCUCUCUAUGCUGUACAGAAGGUUAGAUAGUUGAUACUUUGAGUGUCUCAUCGGAACAAUGAUCCCCAACGCACAUUAAACUGGUUUUGGAAAAACUAAAACAGGCAAAUAGCAAGUUUCUGGGGAAGAUUCAACAUCAACCCUACUGAAAAUAUUCUUAAAUGCCAAACUUGUGCCAGGAAACUAACCAGCAGUGGUCAAAUAUCCAGCCAGAAUACUACCAGAAGCCCUGGGCACGGCUACAAACACAAAAAUGUCCGAAAGCCUCCGAGGUUGUUGGGACAAAAUCACACUUUGACAGUCAGAGCUUGAAUGCUUCAUUAAAAGUCCAAAAUAAUAUGGUGUGCUUGUAAACAUCUGACCAGAAUUCUUUACUUUAGUGAAACAUCCUUCCAAAUGAAGUUUCAGAACUGAACUGGAUAGACAGAUUGGGGGCUCAUCUGCAGUAAUGAGGUCUGUUUAGUAAAAGAAAGAAAAGAGCUGAAAAGCAGAGAUGCUUUGAUAAACAGGAAGUUUUUUUCCUUGCAGCUGGCAUAACGUUUUGAAUGAAUAAAAACAAUUUUACUCUUGUUAAAAGUUUGACAAGCCGUUCAGUUUCAUUUGAUCUCAGAUGAACAACACAUUUCCAUUGUUUUUCAUCCGAGUGUUCAUGCAGAUCAUGCCGCUUUGUUGUCUGAACACAAACACACAUCUUGCUGCCUUGAGACAAACAGGGUCAAACAGUUCGCCAUUGUUGGUGAGAUGACAGACAGCAGACUGACAGAACAAUGCACAAGGCCAUGAUCUUUAGGGGCUGGUGUAGGCUAGUACCACUUUUCACCCCUGAACACAACAAACAAAAUAAAAGCUGUUGUGAUUUUUGCUUGUAUAAGAUUUGUCCAGCGAU